AACCAAUUUCGAUUUUAACACUUCAAAUUAUUGAUUAGAAUAAGCGAGGAAAGAAGAAGAAGAAACAAUCAAAAAUCAAUUCAGAUUGCGAUUCGUUUUGUUAUAUAUACGAAUACGAAUUUUGAGCUCCGGAUAUGCAAUCGGCCAUGGCGUUGAAUCCUCAGUCUCCUAUCUAUUGUGGAGGGAACCAACGAAUCCUCGAAUCCCCUACCUGCUCUUCGUCGUCUUACGCCACCACGCUUUUCCAUCCUCCUCCUGUCAAGAGUUCUAGUUUCGUGGGAGCUAGGGUUUCGCUCUCGAGGAGGCAGCGCAACCCUCUGUGGCUGGCGUCGUCGCGCUCUCUGCAAAGUAUUCAUUUCACUGUCAAUCAUAAGCACCGGGUUGUAAAGGCUGUUGCAACUCCCGAUUCAGCAGUGGAGUUACCAUUGACUGCUGAGAAUGUUGAAAGUGUAUUGGAUGAAGUUCGACCGUAUCUCAUUGCUGAUGGGGGUAAUGUUGCCUUGCAUGAAAUCGAUGGCAAUGUGGUGAAGUUGAAACUGCAGGGAGCAUGUGGCUCCUGCCCUAGUGCUGUAGUGACAAUGAAAAUGGGCAUCGAGCGUCGUUUGAUGGAAAAGAUACCAGCAAUAUUUGCAGUUGAAUCAAUUCCAGAUGAAGAAACUGGCCUUGAGCUUAAUGAAGAAAACAUAGAGAUGGUACUUGAAGAGAUAAGACCUUACCUUGUUGGGGCAGCCGGUGGAACACUAGAGUUAGUUGCCAUCGAGGAACCAAUAGUAAAGGUUCGAAUCUCAGGUCCUGCAGCAGGUGUGAUGACAGUUCGUGUGGCUGUGACUCAGAAACUCCGGGAGAAAAUCCCAGCAAUAGCAGCCGUUCAACUUCUGCAGUAACUUAUACGUCUAUUAUUGUCGAAACCACAUGAAUCAAACAUUACUAGCAUUUCAAUACACCCAUCUAAAGCACGAGCUGCAAUAGCGCCAUCUGAAACACUUGAUUCAACUCAGCAGGCUGAUAAUGCCUGGAACUAAUCUACAAUGCUUUCACUUUGUAUCUAUGUACAGUUGUGCUUCAAUGGACAUUUACAAAUCCUGUAUUUUGAGAAUAAAAAUGAAGAGAUGGUAAGCAUGUAUAUUGCUGCAGGAUAAA